CUUCCUUUCUCUCUAUCAUAGAAUACGCUCUGUCUCUUUCAGCGACGGAACCCUUUCGGUGUUGCACACCUCCCUUCACCGGAAGUGCGGUGCUGAUAUUCCGGAAGUUGGGGGCGGAGGUAGUUCUUUUUCCUUGAGGCGGCUGAAGGAAGAUGACAAAAGGAACAUCAUCCUUUGGUAAGCGUCGCAAUAAGACGCACACCUUGUGCCGUCGAUGUGGAUCCAAGGCCUACCACCUCCAGAAGUCCACCUGUGGGAAAUGUGGCUAUCCUGCUAAACGCAAGAGAAAGUACAACUGGAGUGCUAAGGCCAAGAGGCGCAAUACUACUGGGACUGGCCGGAUGAGGCAUCUGAAAAAGGUCUACCGCAGAUUCAGGAAUGGAUUCCGUGAAGGAACAGCACCAAAGCCCAAGAGAGCUGCUGUUGCAGCUUCCAGCUCAUCUUAAGGACUCAAAUGUGUCUGUUUAAAAUAAAUGGUGUGACCAGUGG